AUGAUCCACAGAAUACUAGGGAAUAUCUUUAUUUCCGACAUAGCACCAAUAAAUGAUGAAAACAUAGACCUUCAAAAGGAACAAGGUAUAACACACAUUCUUUCAGUCCUUUCAGGUCCCAUUCCUUCUCACAUCAUAAACCAUGAACCCAAGUUCACACUUUUGCAGAUUGCCAUCACUGAUGAAAAUUCAACGAAUAUAAUAGAACACUUUCCUGAAACUAAUAAAUUUAUAGACUCGGCGCUAUUUAAACCAGAACAGCUUAAACAGAUGUCUUCGAAGGAAAGACCUUCAGUCAAGCACCAUGGUAGCAUUCUCAUCCAUUGCGCCCAGGGUUGUUCUAGAAGUGUUGCUGUACUUUGUGCGUAUCUUAUGUACCGAUACCACCUCACUCUCGUUCAGGCUCAGUAUGCUAUCAACAGGAAACGAGAAGAUGUCAACGCAACUAUUCCAAAUGAAGCUUUCAUGCAACAAUUGCAAUUAUACCAGGACAUUGCUUUCGAUUUAAAUGCAGAAGCUUAUAAAAAAUGGGAAAAGGCAAGAUGUAUCGAACUAGAUUCCACAGGUUCUAUGCUCAGAGAUGCUUAUUUGGAGAAACAAGCAGAAGGCAAAUCACAUGGGGAAUCACCCGAUAAUAAAGCUUCUGAAGAAUUUGACGAGAAGGUUUCUCAAUUGCGAUGUAAAAAGUGCAGACAACUUUUAUGUCUUACAUCUCAGUUAGAUCAACAUCAGCCACCAGAGUCAGAUUCCAAACAAGGUAUGUUCAUAAAGAAGGCCCCCAAUUCCAGAAGAAUUAUCAGCGUUCAGAACGCAUCAGCAUCAUGUUCUCACUAUUUCCUUUCAGAACCAGUGAAUUGGAUGAAAGAUGAAUUGGUAGGAAAAGGUGACCUUGAAGGGAAAUUUCAAUGUCCCAAAUGUGUUUCGAAAGUUGGAGGUUAUUCUUGGCGUGGAUCCCGUUGUUCAUGUGGUAAGUGGAUGAUCCCUGCUAUCCAUUUACAAAGUGCAAAGGUCGAUAUGAUGCCUUAUUCAGGGUAA